AAAUUGGUUCCAAUAAUUGAUGCUGCACCCUCCUCAUGUGCGUAGCACGUGCAUCCUCCAAUAAUUGAUGCCGCCAACCGCCCAUUCGACGGCUUCUUCUCGAGGAGGAGAAGUCGUUGCAGCUGAAAAUAUCCAUCUACUCUGAGAAUACUGUAACCUUUGUGCUUGGAGAAAGAAGGAUCAGGCCUGCACUGCGAUGUCGUCGUGGAUAUUAGCAGGCUUGGGAUCUCUCGAACAGGCGUUAAUCGGGAGAGUGAAGGAUCAGAUCAGCGACUAUUUGAUCGGAAGGGUUUUGGAGGAGCCCGGAGUUGCUGACCUCGACAAGCUGAGGAAUACUCUUUCGGGGACUGAGCGCAUCAUCGGCAGAGUCGAGAACAUGUGGAUUAAAGAUGAAGACACGAAAAAGCGAUUGAAGGACACUGUUUAUGACGCUGACGACUUGCUUGAUGAGAUGCAGUUCCGGGUUCUGAAGCAACAAGGAGCUCAGGGGCAUGAGGCAAGUAACCAAUCAUCUUCUUCUUCUGAUCUCCCUCCGAGUAAAAAAAGAAAAAUUUCUGAACGUGUCAGUCGCUUCUUCGGUAGAGAAGAUGAUGUGACUAGAGUGAGGAAAAUUCAGAUGAAGUUAGAUAAAUAUACUAUUGACAUCGAGCAUUUCAUUGGUAAAUUAGAUGAUGUUGAGAAACAGAUGAUAACGUCAGUUGUGCCUCGAACCACCACUUCCUUUCCGAUAGAAACUCAAGUAUUCGGACGAGACGAACAGCUGAAUCACCUUCUGGAACAGUUGAUGAAAUCUGCCGAUGGAUCCGGAUCCGGCAACAGUAGCAUCUCUACCUUGACUAUUUUUGGGAUCGGCGGGGUCGGAAAGACUACUCUUGCUCAGCAUGCCUACCACCACGAGAGGGUGAAGGACUAUUUUCAUCAUAAGGUCUGGGUCUGUGUAUCAGACAACUUCAACGUGGAGAGGCUUACCAAAGAGAUCAUAGAAUCCUUAACCCAGAAUACGUGUGAUCUCAACAACUUUGAUACACUUCAAGUGGUUGUUAAGGAGAAGUUGACCUCAAAAAGGUUCCUGCUUGUCCUCGACGAUGUGUGGAACGAGGACAGCCUGAAAUGGGAAAGAUUUUGUGCACCAUUGAGGUACGGAGGACCAGGAAGCAAGAUUUUGGUUACAACUCGCUCUAAAAAGAUUGCAGAAAUGGUUGGCAAUCCGAUCCCUCUAGGAGGUCUGGAUGAAGCCAGCUAUUGGAAAUUGUUCAAAAAAUGUGCAUUUGGUUCCAAAGACGCCGGUGAAUUUCCACAGCUAGAAGCCAUAGCAAAGAAGAUCGCUGGCAGGUUGGAGGGGUUGCCACUUGCGGCAAGGACGGUAGGCGGGUUGUUGAAGGAUCCGAUGAAUGAGAAGCACUGGAGAAACAUCGCAGAAAGUGAAAUCUGGCAACUACAGCAAGACGAACAGGGUGUCCUGCCAGUCCUACAAUUGAGCUAUCAAUGUCUUCCCCCACACCUUAAGCGGUGCUUUGUUUUUUGUUCCCUGUUCCCCAAAGAUCAUCGGUUUGAAGGAGAGCACUUGGUCAGGCUUUGGAUGGCAGAAGGCUACGUUGCUCAAGACAACAAUAUGACGAUGGAGGAUACAGGAAGCCGCUACUUCCUUGACUUAGUGAAUAGGUCUUUCUUUCAGGAAGCUCCUUGGCGAUCGAAAUAUGUGAUGCAUGACCUCAUACACGAUCUUGCUCAAUUUAUUUCAGAUGGAGAGUUUUGCAGGAUCGAUGAUGAGUCGAAAGAGAUCCCUAAUACGACUCGUCAUCUAUCAACAAAAUUAACCGAUGGAACUAAGUUAAUGGAGCUCUCCUGUUAUGAUAAAUUGCGGACCCUCUGGAUCAAUUCCAGAAGUAUUUGGUUUGACUCUCCAGUCGAGAGCCCUUUGUUCAUUCAGUUUGAAAAAUUAAAAAACAUUCGAGUGUUGCUAUUGAAGAACUAUGGCUUGCGGGAGUUGCCUGAGACAAUUGGUGAGUUGAUACACCUCCGCUACCUUGAUAUAUCCUACAACCGUUACAUUAGGUGGCUGCCGGAGUCAUUAUGUGAUCUUUAUAAUUUGCGAGUACUGGAUCUGCAGGACUGUAAACUACAGAGUUUCCCGCACGGCAUGAGCAAGUUGAUCAACUUGAUGCAUCUUAACGCAGCAGACGAAAUAAUUUCCAAGAUAAAUAAUAUUGGGAAGCUGACUUCUCUUCAAGGAUUAUCUUCAUUCAAAGUACUCAAGGAUCAGGGACACGAGGUUGCCCAAUUAGGCAGUCUGAAACAACUUCAUGGACGACUUCGAAUUACCAACCUCGAGAACGUUGAGAGUAAACAAGAAGCAAACAAGGCUAAUCUGAACAACAAACAGUACCUUGAUGAACUAGUCUUAGGAUGGACAUCAGAUGAUGGCGCUAGUUUGGAUGGCAAUGAAUUAGUUGUGUCGGAGGAGGUACUUGAAGGUCUCCAACCACAUCAGGCUCUCCAACGUUUGAUGAUCGUAGGGUACAUUGGUGUCAGAUCACCCAGUUGGCUGCAGGCACAAUUGUUAGCGAAUCUGAGAACUCUUAUAUUGAUAAACUGCAAAGCAUGGAAGGAUCUUUCAUAUAUUGGACAGCUACCGAAUCUCAAGAAACUUUACGUGAAGAGAAUGCCUGCAGUGAAACAAAUAAGUCAUGGAUUAAGUACAGAGAACAAGUUCUUGCAUAAUCUGGAAGAGCUAGUGCUGGAGAACAUGGUGGCAUUGGAGGAACUCCCGAGCCUUGGACGACUGCCGUGUCUUAAGGAUCUUCGUAUCCAGGGAAUGUCAGCAGUGACGAAGGUAGGCCACGGGUUCUUUGGUUGUAGAGAUCGAGGCAAGUGUUUUCCAUGCUUGGAGGUGCUCAAUUUCAGUUCCAUGCCAGCAUGGGCAGAGUGGUCUUGGGCUGAUGGUCGAGAGUUGUUUCCCUGCUUGCGAAAACUUCAAAUUGUACAAUGCCCGAGGCUUAAGAGGAUGCCUCCCCUCCCUCCUUCACUUAAAUCACUGUCAUUAUGUCAAGUCGGGUUGACAGAAGUUCCAAGGUUAUGGGCAGAAAUCGAUGGAAGUAGCAGCAGUAUGACCGUUUCAGAAUUGAAAUUAUAUAGUCUCGAAAAGGUCGAGCUGGAGGACUUCCCAAAAUGUGAGGGACUCCCUUGUCUUGGUCAACUGCCGAGUCUCAAGGUUCUUCGCAUCCAGAAAAUGCCCGCAGUGAAGAAGGUGGGCGGUGGAUUCUUUGGUUCUAGAGACCAAGGCAAGUGUUUUCCUAGCUUGGAGGAGCUCACGUUCCGGGACAUGCUAGAAUGGGAAGAGUGGUCUUGGGCCGAUGGCCGACAGCUGUUUCCCUGCUUGCGAGAACUUCAAAUUGUACAAUGCCCGAGGCUUAAGAGGAUGCCUCCCCUCCCUCCUCCACUUCAAACAUUAAAUUUACAUGAAGUCGGAUUGACAGAACUGCCAGGGUUAUGGGAAGGAAUCGACGGAAGUAGCAACAGUAUGACUGCAGGUUUUACAGAAUUUAGUCUUGAAAGGGUCAAGCUGAUGGACAUCCCAGAAUGUGAGAGACUCCCUUGUCUUGGACGACUGCCGAGUCUCAAGGUUCUUCACAUCGAGGGAAUGCCAACAGUGAAGAAGGUGGGCGAUGGAUUCUUUGGUUCUAGAUACCAAGACAAGUGUUUUCCUAGCUUGGAGGAGCUCACGUUCAUCGACUUGCCAGAAUGGGAAGAGUGGUCUUGGGCUGAUGACCGACAGCUGUUUCCUUGCUUGCUAGAACUUGAAAUUGAAAGAUGCCCGAAGCUUAAGAGGAUGCCUCCCCUCCCUCCUGCACUUAAAUCACUGUCAUUAUGUCAAGUCGGGUUGACAGAAGUUCCAAGAUUGUGGGAAGAAAUCGAUGGAAGUAGCAGCAGUAUGAUCGUUUCAGAAUUGAAAAUAUAUAGUCUUGAAGAGAUCAAGCUGGUGGACAUCCCAGAAUGUGAGGAACUCCCUUGUCUUGGUCAACUGCCGAGUCUCAAGGUUCUUCGCAUCCAGACAAUGCCCGCAGUGAAGAAGGUGGGCGAUGGAUUCUUCGGUUCUAGAGACCAAGGCAAAUGUUUUCCUAGCUUGGAGGAGCUCACGUUCUGGAACAUGCGACAAUGGGAAGAGUGUUCUUGGGCUGAUGGCCGACAGCUGUUUCCCUGCUUGCGAAAACUUGAAAUUGAAAGAUGCCCGAAGCUUAAGAGGAUGCCUCCUCUCCCUCCUAAACUUGAAUCACUGUCAUUAUGUCGAGUCGAGUCGAUAGAAGUUCCAAGAUUAUGGGAAGAAAUCGAUGGAAGUAGCAGUAUGACUGUUCCAGAAUAUGGACUCCCUUGUCUUGGACAAUUGCCGAGUCUCAAGGUUCUUCGCAUCGUGGGAAUGCCAACAGUGAAGAAGGUGGGCGAUGGAUUCUUCGGUUCUAGAGACCAAGGCAAAUGUUUUCCUAGCUUGGAGGAGCUCGCGUUCAUCGACAUGCCAGAAUGGGAAGAGUGGUCUUGGGCCGAUGGCCGACAGCUGUUUCCCUGCUUGCGAGAACUUCAAAUUGUACAAUGCCCGAGGCUUAAGAGGUUGCCUCCCCUCCCUCCUCCACUUCAAACAUUACAUUUACAUGAAGUCGGAUUGACAGAACUGCCAGGGUUAUGGGAAGGAAUCCAUGGAGGCGGCAAUUGCAUAACUGCUUCUCUUUCAACAUUGAGAAUACGUAAAUGUCCAAAUCUAAGAAAUCUGGUAGAAGGGUUGCUAUCGCACAGCUUACCAAAUAUCCGUGACAUUGAGAUAGCGGAAUGUGCGGAACUCGUUUGGCAGCCGGUGAAGGAGUUUAAAGAACUCACCUCCCUUGCGAAAUUGUCAAUCCGCAGUUGCCCAAAGCUCUUGAGCAUGACGCGAGAUGGGGACGAUGACAUCCUCCUUCCACCCUCAAUCAAGGAACUAGUUCUGUCUGACUGUGGGAAUCUGGGAAAAUUGCUGCCGGGCUGCCUGCACAACCUGACCUCACUCACUCGAUUGGAAAUAGGCGACUGCCCGUCCAUAGAAUCUCUUCCAGAAACGUCGCUGCUUCACCUGAAACGACUUGAAUAUCUGAAGAUUUGGAAAUGUGGUGAGUUGAGAUCAAUAGACGGGUUGCGAGUUCUGGAAUCCCUCAGAGAAUUGACCAUCAAACUAUGUCCCAAGCUGUUGCUGAAUGAAGGGAAUGAGCAAGUGGAGGGUUCGUCGGUAACUGAAUUAUGCAUCGACGACACAGCCCUGUUCAAACGAUCGCUCUUAAGAAGGACACUUCCAUCCGUCCGUGCUCUCACAAUCUCAAACUUUCCUCGAGCGACGAUGUCUGAUGAGGAGGAGCUGUUGUUGCGAAGCCUCACAGCUCUCGAAUCUAUAGAAUUCUUCAAUUGCGAGAAUCUACAAUCGCUACCGAGAGAGUUGCAUGCCCUUCCCUCCCUCCGGAUUCUAUCAAUAAUUGGAUGUCCGAAGAUUCAGGCGCUACCUGAGAGGGGCUGCCGACGUCCCUCAUGAAUCUAUAUUUCAGUUACUGCCAUCCGAGGCUGACGGAGCAGCUGGAGAAGCACUUGGCCGAGAUGAAGAGUUCGGGUCGAUUUUCGAAUGUCACCCAAUGGGAUAUAUUAAGUUUGAUGGAGUAGCUCAUUUGUGGAUAUGAUAUGAAGAAAGAUUUAAGAGUCUUUUGUAUUGAACAAUAUUGCAUAUUUAGAUUAUUUUGUAUGUGUUAUUCCAACUUGAAUGUUAUGAACUUUUAAUAAGUUAUCGAUUUUGUUGUAUGUGUUGUGAGUGGAUUGAUUAUAGAUUGAAAUAUGUAAUAAAUAAGAUUUUUUUAUCUUA